AUGUCUGGCAAAGCUUCCUCCUCCAACGUCCGCCUUGCCUCGGCCUCAUACGGAAAGGACCUCGUUCGCAUCUUCCGCAUCGUGCGCGAUUCCAAGGAUCCAUCUUCGCACCGUGUUGCCGAGUACACGGUUCGAUGUCUGCUCCACGGCGAAAGCCUCACGCCAUCGUACACGGAAGCCGACAACUCGCCCGUCGUCGCUACCGACACCGUCAAGAACACUCUUAACUACCUCGCCAAGGUGCUUCCGGCCGAAGACGUGCUUUGCCCCGAACGAUACGCGCUCAACGUGGUCAACCACUUCCUCACGACCUACUCGCACAUUGAAAAGACCGAGGUGGACCUCAUCCAGCACAAGUGGACGCGUAUUGUCUUGGAUCAGAAAGACGGUGGUGCUCACAAGCACAGCUUUGUUCGUGAUGGCGAAGAGAAGCGCACCGUGCGAGCCUUGGGUGAGCGAUCGGGCAGCGAGAUCAACGUGACGACGCUCGAGGGUGGCAUUAAGGGCCUGCUUGUGCUAAAGAGCAGCGGCAGUGCUUUCUACGGCUUCCACAGAGACAGCUUCACCACGCUCAAGGAGGUGCACGACCGCAUUUUCUCUACCGAGGUCGAGUGCUCUUACUCGAUUGGAUUGCCAAGCGGCGGACUCACUGCCGUGCUCAAGAACCCCUCAUCGCUGCCACAGUUCUGCGACAUCCACUCUUCCGUCAAGUCACACGUGCUGCGCGUGUUUGCGCUCGAUGACUCGGCCAGUGUCCAGGCUACUAUGUACCGCAUGGGCGAGGCCAUCCUUGGCGACGCCACCAACAAGACAGUCAAGGACGUCUCGUUUGCACUGCCCAACAAGCACUACAUUCCCAUCGACCUUGGCUUCAAGGGUCUCAGCAACCUUGACGAGAAGAACGCCGAGGUGUUCCUCCCCACCGCGCAUCCAAGCGGUUACAUCAAGGCCAAGAUCGCUCGCUUGUCUGCUGCUAAGCUCUGA